AUGGAUUCAAAUUCUAUAUAUGACAAGGAAUAUUUAUAUAAUAAGUUAUAUGAACUAAAAAAUUUGAAAUCAAUAAAAACUAAUGAUUUGAUAACUAAUUAUGUAAUUUAUUUUGUUUUAUAUGUUAAAAAAAUUAUUGAAAAAAAUGAAGAAAAUAAACUAUUGAUGGAAAUAAGCAAGGAAAAAAGAAGAAAAGAGUUAAUAAAAGAAAAUAUAGAAAAGAUAAAAACGAAAUUAAAAGAAAGUAAAAAUGGAUCAGUUUUAAAAGAAAUGCAUUGUGAUGAAAAUUGUGAAGAAAACAAAAUAUUUGAAAAAGAUAAAAAUAACAUAGGAUAUGAAAAAGAUUCUAAUGAUUAUAGGAACAAUGAUAAUAAAUGUGAUUUUAUAAAAAUAUGUAAUGAUUUAAACUUUGCCUUUCAUAUAUGUAUAUUGCUAAUAGUUAAUAAUUUAGAAAAUAAUAAAAAUAAUAGAGAUGAAUUAUUUCAUAAAAAAAGGUAUGAUAAUAAUUUUUGUUGUAGAGAGACUAGUUAUGAAGACUUAGAUGAACAUGAUAAUACAAUAUAUAUCGAAAAACAACAAAAGGAAAAAGAAACUGAAAACUUAAAAGGAAAUAAUAAGAAUAAUUUUUUUUUUGAACUAAAUCUGUUAUAUAUUUCAUUAUGCUUUUAUAAUAUGUAUUUAUUAAAUGAUAAUAAUUAUUAUUUGAAUGUUAGCUUAUUAUUAUUUUUAAAUAUUUUUCAUUAUUUUAAAAACAAAGAAAUUAUUCAUUAUAUUUAUAUUAAAAAUGUUUUUAUAAAAUAUGAAAUAUCUGUACCCAAAUUUUUAUUUGAUAUCUGUAAGACAAUAGGAAUAAUUUAUAAAAAACAAAAAGAUAUAUAUACUUCUGUUUUUUUUUUAACAUAUAGCCUUUUCUUUUUAAAGUAUAUUAAGAAAGAUGAUAAGGAAGCAGAUGAAGAUAAAACAGAAAUUGAAAAAAUAAAUGUGUUGCAAAGUCUUAAUGAAGUAUUUUUAGAAUUUAAUUUUUUUUCUAUUUCUACAUAUUUUGUUUUAAAAACUAUUGAUUUACAUCUAAUAUUUUUAAAAAAUAAUAUAGAAAAAAUAGAAAGAGAAGCAAAGGAAACAGAAUUAGAAAAAAAAAAAAAAAGAGAGAUAAAUGAUGAUACAAAUAUUAGAGAAGAGAAAAAAACAUGUGAAAUAAUAAAGGGUUCUCCUUUGAUGAAUGAAAAGGAUAUUUUUCAUUGUUCUAGUAAAUGUAAUGAAAAUGGUUUUAAUUAUUAUUUUGAUGAUGGAUGGAACAAUAAUAUAAUAAUAGAUAAAAAUUUAUCUUUUGAUGAAAAAUUAAAAAAGAUAAUGGAUACAUUUAUUUCAUUGUACAAUAAUAUAAAUGAAUGUAGUUAUAUAUUUUUAGAUAUACAUUUAUUAUCAAUAUAUGAACACUUAAAUUUUGUUUCCUUUUAUAUGACUAAAGAUGUUUACAAACUAUUUGAUAUUCUAAAAAGAGAAAAAGAAAAAAAAAUAUUAUUGGAAUAUAAAUAUAUGAAUUAUAGAAAUUUAUUAGAAGUUUAUAUAAUAUAUUUAAAAUAUAAUUAUUUAAAUUAUUCUCAAAAUGGUUAUAAUUUAGCUACUUAUAAAGAUGUGCAUUACAUAUAUGAAAACAAUGAAAAGAUAGAAACUUUUUCUCAUUCUUUAUUAAACAAAAAUAAUUUAUAUUUGGAUGAGCAGAAAAAAGAAAAUAUAAAUAAUGUUAGUAAUGAAGCUAUUAGUUAUGAAAAUUUUUCUAGUACUUUUGCUAAUAAUAAUAAUAUUAAAAAAAAAAAAAUAGAUUAUUCUGAGAGUAAAGAAAUUGCAAAUGAUAAUAUAAUAAAUAGAGAUAAAAAAAAUAUUAAAGAAUAUUUUAAAGAUAAAAAAAUUUUUAUUUAUGAUAAUAAUAAUAAAAUAGAAAAAAGUAUAAACUAUUUAGAUAAUGAAAUAAACAUUGAAGCAGCAAAUAUAUGUUUUGAAACAAUUGAAAAUUUAUUUCAACGAACAAAGAGAAAUAAUUUUGAUAAUAUUUCCAUAUUUGAUAAUAAUAUUAUAUAUAGAUUCAUUUAUCAACACAUUUUAAAAGAAAGUAAGUUAAAUUUUGAUAAUAAAGAACAACAAAAUAUUUUUUCUGUCGAUAAUACUUAUGAACAAAUGUCUUUUUUUAAGUUCUUCCAGGGUGAAUUAAAAGAGAUUGAUAAAAUAGUUGAACAAAUUUUUAUUCUAAUGAUAUAUCAAAAUAUGUCGAUAAAAAUUGAUAUAGAUGCAAGUUGUUUUGAAGAAUUUAUUCAAAAUUUUCAAUUUAAUAGUAUAAAAUUGGUAAAUAUGAAAAUAAAAUCUUGUAACUUUUAUGAUUCAAAAUAUAAUAAUUUAGCUAUUAAUAAAAUAAAAAAAAUAUAUAAACGUUUCUCUAAAUAUAGGAAUAAUAAGGAAUAUAUUUCUUUUUUAUCAUCAAAAAAUAAAGAGGAAGAAAAUAUGAUGAAUUUCAUAAAACAUAUCCACUAUUUUUGCUAUAAUUAUAAUGAAAUUCUAUUUCUAUUUAAGAAUAUAAAAAAAUAUAAGAAGAAAAGUUUUGAAUAUUUUUCUUUAUUUGAUCAAACAACCUUACAUUUAGAUAUUUUAUUAAAUUCGAGUGAGUCAUAUUUUUAUUUCAAUUUUUUUACGAAAUCAUUUGAUUUAUAUAUAAAGAAUUAUUUAGAAAUAAUAAACUCCUUAACAUAUCCUUUAAAUUAUAUAGAAAAUAAACAGUAUUUAUCAUAUAAAAGAGAGUUAAUUUUAAAGUGUGCUCUUUUAUUAAAAGAUGUUUACAUAUGUAAGAAGUUUAACACAUUUAAUGAAAAUAUUUAUUUAAAUACAAUUAACCAAAAAAAAAACUUAAAUUUUGAUGAUAAUCUUGGUGGCAAUUUAAGUUUAGAACAAAAAAAAACUAUAAUGCAAAUAAUAAAAUAUUAUUUUUCAUUUUUAAAUACUUACGAAAAAGAAAAAAAAACUAAUGAGAUAAUUUUUGAAAAUGAAGAAGAAAAAAAAUCUUAUUUUGAUAUUUAUUUUUAUGUUUGCAAAACUUUAUCAUCAGUUGAUGAUAAAAUUUUUAUAUCUCAAUCGAUACAACAAUAUAAAUAUUUAUUAAAUUAUUCCUUAAAAAACAAAAUGUAUGAAGAUAAAAAAUAUAACGAAUAUAUGCAGAAUCUUUGUAAAAAAUCCAUUUAUUUAUUAAAUUUAAAAUUAAAUGAAAUUAGCUAA